UGUCGUCAAACUCCGUUGGUCCCUGGAACUUAAUUCUACACAUGCUUUGGCAUAAAAAUGUCCAUGAGCAGUAGUGAGAAAAAUUUACAAGAUUUCGAAUGGGCUUUCGGGCUGAAUCGUUUGGCACUGCGGCUGAUGGCCAUUUGGCCGGGAGAUGAUGAUUGCAUCGAGGAAUCGAAAAACAAGCAGUUACGAGUGCCAUGCAUGAUACUCGCGAUGCUGUUCUUCUUAUUCCUUCCUCAGAUGGCGGCUUUAAUUUUGGUUGUUCACGAGUUACCGCUGGUCAUUGAUAAUUUAAUGACGAGCACGAGUGUUUUGACCUCCACGAUAAAACUGUACAACCUGUGGGACGGCAGAAAAGUUUUGCAGCCCGUGGUGCGAUCGGUAACGAGAGAUUGGCUUCGAGACAAGCAUGAAUGGGAACGCGGGCAGAUGAGGCGCGAAGCAGCCAAGGCGCGACUUUUCACGGUAACCGGCUACUUCAUACUCGCAGGCUGUUACAUGGGAUUCGCACUUGCGCCGCUCCUCGGUAUCCAAGUCCGCCUGAUAACGAACAUUACCGAUCACGGCCAGCGCUAUCACCUUGUCCAAUCGUACUAUCCCAGCUUCGAUUACUCCGAGAGUCCGUACUACGAGCUGGUCCUAAUUUCCCAGUACACCGCCGGGAUCUUUGUCGGUAUGGCUGUCAGUAUACCCGAUGUCUACAUGGUAGCUCUGGUCAAUCACAUGACCGCUCAAUUCGGCGUACUCGGGACCCAUGUCGAAACGUCCAUGUGGGAGAGUGACGGGCAAUCGAUACCCGAGUGCUCUCGUCGGCGAGACUUUCGGGCAAAAUUGAGAUUUUUCGUCGACAGGCACGUUCACCUCAUGAAAAACGUUGCUGCCAUCGAGGAUUCGUUUAGUUUUGUCGUUGCACCGCAAAUACUUUGCAUGGUCGUCAUGGUGUGCUGCCUGUCGUUUCAAAUCUUGAGCGUACGUUCUGAUACUAGCGAUCACAAACCGCCGAUCCUCCAAGUCUUGACCCUAGUGAUGACUCUGUUCACCAUGAUGAUGCACAUGCUCGUCAACUGCUUUGCCUGCGAAGUUCUCAAUGAGCGCAGUACGGAGAUGUUCCACAAAAUCUACGGGAGCGGGUGGUACACGGUGCACCAGCACAAAGCCCGAGAUCUCAUACCGUUGAUGGCGAUGUCGGGAAUCCCGCAAAAAAUAACUGCUGCCAAAAUAUUUCGGCUUUCUUUGCGAACAUACUGCAACAUACUGAAAUCAGCAGUCGGUUACAUUUCGAUGUUGAUAGCUGUUAGCGGGAAAUAA